GCUUUCAUUGUGGCCAAGCUGAAUGAUUUGAGUUGAGACAUAUUUGAGGUGUGGGCAGACAGUUUUGUUGCUGUUUAAUAUUAUUUAUCAAGUGAUUUGGAACGCAUAUUUUUCAAACUACACAUAGCUAACAAGACAUAAAACGAAAAGAUAUGUUAAUUUAGUAAAAGGCUGUGAAAACAGUGCAGUAAAGUGAAAUGAAAACGAUUGUGUGCCGCAGUGAAGUACCAUUGGUGAUAGAAAUUUGCAGAAAGAGUUUGCGCACCACUGAAAAGAUCGUAAAAGCAAUCCAGCCAUUCAAUAUCGAGUAAUAUUUCUUCAUACAAGUCUUCAUAUUUUUGUGCAUUUCCCAAAAUGGAACUGGAGUCAAGCAUUGCUAUUCUGCAGGAUUUGCGUUUGCAUACAUUCGACUCGAUACGUUUUGCAUCUUACCGCACGGCCUCCAAAUUGCGUUACAUACAAAAGUCGACAAAUUUACACUUGGUCGAUAUUUGGAAUGUAAUCGAAGCAUUCCGUGAGAACGGUUUGAACACAUUAGAACCGCAAAGUGAAGUGAGUGUGGCACGACUAGAGACGCUCGUCUCAUCACUCUAUCAUAACCUCAAUAAACGUCUUCCCACGGCUCAGCAAGUGCCCGUCGAUUCGAAGGCUGGACUCUUACUCAAUUGGCUAUUAGCGGCGUAUACAAGUGACAAUUCUGGCAAAAUUCGUGUAUUCUCAAUCAAGGUGGCCUUGGCAACUAUGUGCUCUGGCAAACUGGUGGAUAAAUUGAGAUAUAUCUUUUCGCAAAUAUCUGACGGCGCCGGUCAGUUGGUGCCUUGGAAAUUAGGCGAAUUUUUGCGCGAAGUGCUGGCAUUGCCUGCAGCUGUUUAUGAAUCUCCAACAUUCCACUAUAAAGACGGGCUGGAGGAGGAAAUAUUUCCAGCUGAGAAUAAGGUCACAGUGAACGAUUUCAUGGCAACACUUAUGUCUGAACCGGGCCCAUCGUGCCUUGUUUGGUUGCCGCUGUUGCAUCGUUUGGCCACUGUUGAGACAAUUGUGCAUCCGACAAUCUGUUCGGUAUGUCAUAAGGAGAACUUUACGGGAUUUCGUUAUCGUUGUCAGCGGUGCCACGCCUACCAAUUAUGUCAAGAGUGUUUUUGGCACGGCAAGACAUCACUGAACCAUCAGAAUGACCACGAAGUCAAAGAAUAUUCGAGUUAUAAAUCGCCCAGUAAGCAGAUCGGCCAUUCGUUGCGGAAGAGCUUCCGAUGUGUGCCCGAGAAGACGACACAAGUGUUGCCACGAUUCCCUGAGCAUCCCGAAAAGACACUGAAUCUCUCCCAUAUUGUACCGCCAUCGCCAUUGCCGUCGCACAAUGGUUUCACCGAUCCGCCGUUACUGCAUGGCGGCGGGCCAGGUGGCGCACAUAGUGGUGGUCUGUUGUAUGAUCGCUCCAGUACGUUAGAUUCACGUGCUACUGGACGCAGUCUCGACAGUGCCACCGGUGCUAGUAUGUCACGCAUGGCCACCGCUUCGGCAAACGAUGAAGAACAUCGCUUAAUUGCACGCUAUGCCGCACGUCUUGCCCAAGAGAAUCGCGCCCCAGUCAAUGCUGGCAAUGCAGAAAAUGCGAGCCCCAUUGGUUCGGAUAAUUCGCGUGCGCAACGCGAACUAAUUGCUCAACUUGAAGCUAAAAAUAAGGAGAUUAUGCGCGAAAUAGCCAGACUGCGCCGUCAACAGGAAGUUGAGCAAAUCACACCGGAGAAUCCAGCGUUAAUAAACGAGUUGCGUGCAUUGCGUCAACGCAAAGGUGAGCUCGAGGGCCAUUUGGGUGCCUUGCAGGAUUCACGACGUCAACUAAUGGAACAAUUGGAAGGCUUGAUGCGCAUGCUAAAAAACCAACAAACAACCUCACCACGUUCCACACCCAAUUCCAGUCCACGUUCGGGCAAAUCACCACCCAUGCCGGGUGGCGGCGGCUUAGGAGGAGUGGGUGCAGUAGGUGGUGGCGCUAAUUCCCUUAAUGUUGCAGCAAUGCACUCCCAACAGGGCCAACCAUCGCCGCACUCUUUAAUGGGUGGCGGCGGUGGCGGUCGCCCAACGCAGCAGCAACUACUGCAGGCACAACAGACUGGGGCGCUUCAAGCGGCACAACAACAGUCCUUCAAUACAAGUCAACUGGAACAAUUGAAUCAAAUAAGCAAUGAAGUGCGUUCCGCAUUUACAGGCAAUACGAGCUCAACCUUCCCGCAUAAUCCAAUUGCUGAGAUAAAUGAUGCUGCUGAUAAUAUAACAUCCGCGCUUUCGAAUCUGGUAAACGAUUUGAAUGCAGGGCCAACACCGAUUCCCUUGCAACCUCGCUUUAUAAUGCCGCUUGAUAUGCGUCAUGUUGUGGGUGGCGAAUCAUCGAUCGACGGCGAGGUGAACCAUGAUGGGGCAGCGGCGAAUGGUGGUACUACUCACUAUAAUUUUAAUACUGACAAUAACGAAGAUGUUGAUGAAGAAGAGCGACGUUUAUUUGAAAAUGUCUUUCAAACCGAUGAAGAAUAUAGAUGGUUGGACGAUUGUGAGCGACGUACACACAAUCAACGCAUCAUGUGCUACAAACAUUAUCCCAACUUUUUGAUUGAUGAUGAGAAUGCCGGUUUUCCGGCGUUGCACGAAAUUGGAGAAACUAUUGAUGAAAUGCAACUGAUUAUGCACGCGUUGGUUAUGAAAUAUAGUAUGAGCUUGUGAAAUUUUAUUUUUCGACUGCUAAGACGAAUCUGUACUUACAUAUUGAAGACUUUGAUGAAUCGCAGUCGUAUAACAAUGAAUGGAUCGUUAAGGCAAAUGCGAGUAAUCAUUGGCAGGAACAGUUUGCCCAAUGGAG